UGAUUUUGAUAAGAAACAAAUUUCUCUAAAGCUAAAACCUUUAAAAGGAAAACCCUCUGCUACAAAUGCUUCUAUCUCUCCAUUUCCUGUCAUCUUCUUCCCCUUCUCUCCUCUCCCUCCCUCCCCUCCUCAAUCCAUCUUCUUCCCCACUCUUCCUUCUCCAAAAACCCUGUUUUUUCUCUCCUUUCUCUCCCCACUCCAAAGUGCACCUUGGGUCUUCAUUAGUUCAAGCUCAAGGAUCCGUGACCACCAUAGCAGAAGCAGAAGAGGAAGAAGAUGGACCUUUUGAGCUACCACCAUCUUCCUCUUCUACUUCAGUCUUUGCAACAAACGAUGACCCCACUCCCCUCCAAACCGCCACCAGUGUCUUGCUUACCGGUGCCAUCGGGGUCUUCCUGUUUCGCUCCCUUAGACGCCGUGCUAAGCGUGCCAAAGAGUUGAAAUUUAGGUCAUCAGGGGCACAGAAAUCGUUGAAGGAAGAGGCACUAGACAACUUGAAAGCAAUGGCUUCAACUUCAAUUGAUACCAAGUCAUCCACACCCUCAGCAGUUCAAGCAUUGUUGGGAAGCAUAGCUGCUGGUGUCAUUGCUCUUUUUCUUUACAAAUUCACCACAACCAUUGAGGCAACUCUUAAUCGUCAAUCGAUUUCCGAUAAUUUCUCGGUUCGCCAGAUAUCAAUAACAGUCAGGACUAUUGUGAAUGGAUUGUGCUACCUUGCGACAUUUGUUUUUGGUAUCAAUUCUCUAGGCUUAUUCCUUUAUUCUGGUCAGCUUGCGAUAAAUUCGAUCAAGGGAGGUGCCACAAAUAAUGAAAACAAGAGAAAAGGUGAGGAGAAUGUAGGCUCACCGAGUUCAGUGAAAGAAAAUGUUGCAGACGGUAUCGAAUCGACCAGCGGGAGGGAGGAUCAAAGUCCGGGUGACGAACAAUGAUGACAAGUUAUGUCCGACUUUUCAUUUUUGUAAAAAAGUAUGUGCUUGAAAGAUAUCGGAACAUUGAUACGAUCUUCCAAAUGCAAAAUCUGAAACUGAUAUCCGAGUUCGAGUAACAUCGAUCCAUGCAGCCGAUGCCUGAUAGUGGAAAAUUUUGUUUGUGGUUUUUGCUUAAGUGCUACUGCAGAUAGCUGUUUGCUGAAUAUACACAAUAUUCAGGUUUAUCAAUCUCCAUUCAAGGUUGAAUAUGCACAACUCAAUCCCAGUUUCAUCCUUUAUAGACCCUCCAAUAU